AUUGGUUCUCCGCGAACAUUCUUCCAUCUGUGGUGUCAGAGAAUCGAUCCGAGUCGCCUAUGUCAUCGAAGUCGAGGCUUAACAGCAAAGCCACACGACAGAAGUCAGUCCUGUGGGUUUCAGCUCAUUAACGGGCUUCUGCACAACUUUGGACCUGCUGAGCUAAUCUGGACCUGGCUGUGCUGGACACCAGACUGUCCAGGUGUGUACAGGAUGGCACCGCUGGAGACUGCAGCAGUGGGCGGGCCGAACCAGUGCCAGCAGGCCCUAGAUCAGCUGGAGAAGGCCAUCAGUGGUGUGCUGAGGGCCGAGCAGCAGCUGAGACAGAACGCCCGUGAGGUACGUUUGGAGCUCCAGAGCUGCGUGAGCCGGCAGCAGGAGGCCCUGCGAUCCAGGGAGGUGUGGCUUCUGGGUCAGAUCGACCUGCUGGAACAAGUGAAGACGGAGACGCUGCAGCAGCAGCUGCACCAGCUCCACCGGCUCAGAGGUCAGUUUGACAUCAUCACACACCAGAGUUCCAACAGCAGCAACGACUUGAACAACCAGCUGACUGCCUGCAUGGAGAAGUUGUCGUCUUUGAGUCUCACACCUGAGGAAACACCUGAGAUGAGUUUCCAUGCUGAUACACGCUCUCUAAGGCAGGCCAUCACCUCAUUCGGCAGCAUCACUGCUCAGUUGGUGGAGGAGGUGUCCUGUCAGAGCAGCCCUCCUAAGGUUGCGGCGGUGCAGAGCUGUGCCUUCACAGACCAACAGAAGCCAGAAGCAGCCGUUCUGGGUCAGUGGCUGCUGGGUAACAGUCCAGCUAACAGCCCUGGGAUUGGCUACCAGUCUAGCAAGAAUCCUCAGGACUGGCUGCUGGCCAGAGAGAGCAAGACUUCCUGUCCCGUCCUGGCCUCUGUGGACUUCCUGCAGGCCUGGGGUCAGCUCAAAGACCUGGAGGCGUGGCUUCUUCGGGACCAGAACCAGGUCAGCAGGGAGCGAUCCUGCAGCAGCUGCAGCUCCACCUUCUCCAUCGAGAAGAUCGACGAGUCUGAGUUCACUGAUUGUUCCGCUGAUGAAGAGGAAGUGGAGUUGACCGACUGGCUUGUGACCCCAUCCACUGUUGCCAUGGAGACUGACGCCGAACGGUGGCGCAGCGUGCUGAAGCCCUUUGAGGAGACUUGGCUGUCCAGUGAAUGGCUGGUGGAGGCUAGCCACGCCCCCACCGACUGCUCCUCCUGUUGUCAGACCACCAAGGCCAUGGAGAUCGAGAACCUGGGCAAUCUCAAGUGCCUGAAGACCCCGCCCCCACUCAGCCCCACCUUCCCAACCCCGGUGGACCCCUUGGAGUCAUGGCUCCAGCAGGUGGCGCCGCUGCAGCAGACGUGCAAGGCCAACGAGCCGUGCUCCACCUAUGCCAGCUGCGUCUGUGAGGAGAACUGUGGCAAAGAGGCACUGAGCCGCUGGCUUCUGCAGCAGGAGGGGCGGGACAAGAAUGGCGUCUCCGUCACUAAGAAGGCUCCGCCCACUCCGUUUCACAGAGAGCAGGAGCAGAAGGUGCAGGCCAUCCUGGAGGCCUGGCUCCACCCCAGCACCUCCUCCUGCAGAGCCUCCCCUCCAACGGGUGGGGCGAGAUCUGAGGAGAACCUCAAAAAGAAGGCCCUCAGCUCUCUGUCCCCAUUCCAGCAUUCUCUGGUCCCAGACCACUGGGUCAUGCCUGGCUCAGGAGGUUCUGCCCAUCCUGAGGAGAAGGAUGACAAGUGGCUCCUGAAGAAGAGGAGUCAGACCCAGGAGCGUUUGGUUCUGCCUGCUGUCUGUGAGCUGUUCUCCUGUAUGAAGGUGGGCGGAGACAAAGACAAAUGGCUACACAAAGCUGCCGUCCAGAUGUAACCAUGACGACUACAGAGAACGUUGCUUCUUCUCUUCUGCACACUUUAUAGCUGAUCGCACAUAACCACUGCCGCCUUCCUGACAUCACCCAGAGGCUCCGCCCACCAUUCCUGUUCCUUAUUCAGAACUGGACUCUUCUCAUUGUGGGUGGAGUCAGUCACAAGGUGGAGCUUUAGAAAAUGGGUGGGGUUAGUUUUAACAUUGUUUGAAUGGAUCUUCCUGAAUAAAGGAGUUAACUUGUUCUGAUCUGACUAGUCUUCUUCCACCUGAUGACAUCACACAGGUGUACUACACCUGUCCUAUGUUGUUAGCCAGGAGCCGAUCGCUGAGUGGGCAGCCUGCCGUUUGGUCACAUGACUGAGUGGCCAGUGCUAAUUGGUGCUUUGUACUGACGUGGGCUUGAUUCUGCUGUUAAAAAUAAAUUGACCUGAAAUGA